AUGGACUUUGAUGAACAUGAUCUAGAAGAAGGAGAUGGAGCCUUUAUCGAGAAGGCUCUCUAUGGCAUCACCGCAGCUCUAGCUCUAAGUAAGAGCACGUAUAGAUACUGGCCGAUUUGGUUUGCGAUAGGUGCAGUUCCUGUGGCUGAAGCAGCAGGAGAUGAAGAUCGGAUGCCGGAUCGCAGCUACACCCUGGAGAUCCUGGUAACCGUCACAGCCAUCUUGACCGUGAUAUGCUGGAAGACAUUGGAGAAGUUGCUGAAAGCUUGGUGGACGUGGCGAAAGGAGAGUAGCGAGAAGAAGGUUUGGCGAGAAAAGGAAACCAACCUUGCUGCUGCCAUGAUAGAGAUCAACACGUUGCGAGACAUCCUGAACCGCAAGAUCAAGCAAUGUGACCGCCUGGAGAACUACAUGAGAAACCAUGACAGCGCUGCCCCUUGGAGAAGGAUGACGAACGCGUGCCCGCAUGUGCAGAACCGCAUGGCCUUCAAGAGACGGUGCUGCAAGGACUGCGCCAACUGCGCUGUGAACUUCGAGGAGACGAAGAUCGAGAACAUGGGCCUCUACCGGGCUUAUCUUCAAGAACACCGACAAGUGAGAGCGGAGCGAACAUUUUUACAGUGUGUGAAUCCCACGCACUGA